UUGGAUCUGUGCGAAUCAUUAGACCCCAAUGGAGAUGGUGGUGGUAAGAAAGUGGUGGUUGGCGUCUGCGCCAUGGCCAAGAAGUCGCAAUCGAAACCAAUGAAGGAGAUCCUCACACGGCUCGAUGAAUUCGAGUAUAUUAAAAUGCUCGUUUUUCCAGAGGAGGUUAUACUCAAGAAGCCUGUCGAAGAGUGGCCUAUAUGUGACUGUCUAAUCUCGUUUCAUUCAAAGGGAUUUCCUCUUGAUAAAGCAAUACAAUACGAAAAACUACGUAAACCAUAUGUUAUAAACAAUCUUCACAUGCAAUAUGACAUACAAGAUCGUAGAAGAGUAUACGCUAUUUUAGAAAAUGAAGGAAUAGAAAUUCCUCGGUAUGCUGUUCUUGAUAGAGAUUCACCAGAUCCAAAACACCACGAGUUAGUUGAAUCAGAGGAUCAUGUGGAAGUAAACGGUGUCGUAUUCAACAAGCCGUUCGUGGAAAAGCCGGUGUCGGCUGAGGACCACAAUAUUUACAUUUACUACCCGACUUCCGCGGGCGGAGGUAGCCAGCGUUUGUUUAGAAAGAUCGGUAGUCGUAGCAGCAUAUAUUCGCCAGAAUCGCGAGUCCGUAAAACUGGGUCAUUUAUUUAUGAAGAUUUUAUGCCUACAGAUGAUUUUUUGAUAUUCGUUAGUAAUUCAAAAUUUGGUAUUUUAGGAACAGAUGUAAAAGUGUAUACAGUAGGGCCAGACUACGCCCACGCUGAAGCGCGAAAGAGUCCAGCUCUCGAUGGUAAAGUUGAGAGGGACUCGGAGGGCAAAGAGAUUCGCUAUCCAGUCAUAUUGUCCAACCAAGAAAAAUUAAUUUCGAGGAAAGUCUGUCUGGCCUUCAAACAAACUGUUUGUGGUUUUGAUUUACUAAGAGCGAAUGGAAAAUCCUUUGUGUGUGACGUAAACGGCUUUUCAUUUGUGAAAAACUCAAAUAAAUAUUACGAUGACUGUGCUAAAAUUCUUGGUAAUAUGAUCUUACGGGAGUUGGCGCCAACGUUGCACAUACCCUGGUCAGUCCCAUUCCAACUGGAUGAUCCACCUAUAGUGCCUACUACGUUUGGGAAAAUGAUGGAGUUGCGUUGUGUUGUCGCCGUGAUAAGACACGGAGAUAGAACUCCUAAGCAGAAAAUGAAGGUUGAAGUUCGUCAUCCUAGGUUUUUUGAGAUAUUUGAGAAGUAUGAUGGUUUCAAGCGAGGACAUGUAAAAUUAAAAAAACCCAAGCAACUGCAGGAAAUUCUUGACAUCGCUCGCGCGCUUUUAGCAGACAUACAUACGAGACACGCUGACCCAGAAAUCGAGGAAAAACAAGGAAAAUUGGAACAACUGAAAAGCGUACUGGAAAUGUACGGGCACUUCUCAGGGAUCAACCGCAAGGUGCAGAUGAAGUAUCAGCCACGUGGGCGGCCGCGUGGCUCGUCGUCGGACGACGGUAACGCCCCCGCCACACCCGCCACACCCGCCACCCCCGCCACACCCGCAUCCGCUGACGUAGGUUGCGCCGGUGAGCCUUCCCUGGUGCUGAUACUCAAGUGGGGCGGAGAGCUGACGCCUGCGGGGCGGAUACAGGCUGAGGAACUGGGACGGAUGUUCCGGUGCAUGUACCCUGGGGGCCAGGGACGGCAUAUACCUGGUGAAGCCGGUACUCAAGGUUUGGGGUUACUCCGCCUGCAUUCAACGUUCCGUCACGACCUCAAAAUAUACGCAUCGGAUGAAGGUCGAGUGCAGAUGACGGCGGCGGCUUUCGCUAAAGGGCUGCUGGCGCUGGAGGGAGAACUUACCCCGAUUUUGGUACAAAUGGUCAAGUCGGCCAAUACGAAUGGGCUGUUGGAUAAUGACUGUGAUUCAUCUAAAGUACAAAACAUGGCGAAGGCGCGUUUGCACGAGGCGAUGCAGGCGGACCGCGAGUUCACGGCGGAGGACCGCGCGCGCAUCAACCCGUGCGCGUCGCUCAGCAUCAACGCCGCCAUGGACUUCGUGAAGAACCCGGUGCGGUGCUGCGCGCACGUGCACGCGCUCAUACAGCAGCUCGUGCGCAUCGUGCUCACCAAGAAGGACGACCCCAAGACCAAGGACACAAUACUCUACCACGGAGAAACGUGGGAAUUAAUGGGACGGCGCUGGGGCAAAAUCGAAAAGGACUUUUGUACGAAGAACAAGUCCUUCGACAUAUCGAAGAUUCCUGAUAUAUACGAUUGCAUCAAGUACGACUUGCAACACAACCAGCACACUCUACAAUUCGACCUCGCCGAGGAGUUAUAUAUGUACGCUAAGUACCUGGCUGAUAUAGUUAUACCACAGGAAUAUGGAUUAACAAUGCAAGAGAAAUUGACGAUAAGUCAGGGUAUAUGUACACCUUUGUUGAAGAAAAUUAGAGCCGACCUGCAGAGGAAUAUUGAAGAGUCUGGAGAAGAGAAUGUUAACAGAUUGAAUCCAAGGUACAGUCACGGCGUAUCGAGCCCGGGGCGGCACGUGCGCACGCGCCUGUACUUCACCAGCGAGAGCCACGUGCACUCGCUGCUCACCGUGCUGCGCUUUGGCGGAUUGCUCGAUGUUAUGAAAGACGAGCAAUGGCGCCGCGCAAUGGAAUACGUAUCAAUGGUAUCGGAGUUGAAUUAUAUGUCACAGAUCGUUGUGAUGCUGUAUGAGGACCCUACCAAGGACCCCUGUUCAGAGGAGAGAUUCCACGUGGAGUUGCACUUCAGUCCCGGCGUGAACUGCUGCGUGCAAAAGAACCUGCCGCCCGGACCCGGCUUCCGCCCGCAUUCCCGGAACCACUCUACGGCCAACAAUGAGGCAAGCUCUCCAGACGAAGUAAAAUGUAUCGAAGAAGAAGUAGAAGAUGAUCAAAUGGCGAGCCAGGAAACUUUACAACCUGACGUCAUCGAUGAAUUAGAUAGCACUUUUACGCCAACAAAAUCUUCAAAGUCGAAACUUCGUCCUUCGGAUCCGAUACCUAUUUGUAAUCUGCACUACACGGUGAGCGGACACGAGGCGUCGACGCUGGCGGCGCGCCUCAACGAGGAGCUGCGCGCGCGCAGCCACACGCACGCGGACACGCGCCCGCACGCGCAGAGCGAAGAGAAAGAGACAAAAGACAACGAGGAGCCGCAACCGCGCGCGCGCAGCUACGACCAGCACAAGCAGGCGCACGACAAUGCGGCGCCCCCGGGGUGCGCGGGGCGGGGCGGGCCGCUCGGGGGCGCGGCCUCGUGGCCGGACUGUAGCGUGCGCGGCGCAGGGCGGCGCCAGCGGCACAGCAUCGCCGGCCAGAUGAGCUACCUCAAGAUGCUGGGGCUAGCGCGUGGCAAGCUGGCGGGAGCGGCCGGCCUCUUCAGCACGGCCGUCAUCUCGGGCUCCAGCUCGGCGCCCAACCUGCGCGUCAUGAUCCCCUCCGCGGCCAACAACAACACAGCGCUGGAGGGCUUCGGCGGCGUGCCGGCCAUCCGCCCGCUGGAGACGUUACACAACGCGCUGUCGCUGCGCCAGCUCGACGCCUUCCUCGAGCGGCUCACGUGCGUGCCCGCGCCGCCGCCCACUAACAGUGUAGGAUGGAGCGGUCCGUCCUCCCUUAUGUCGUCAUCGGGCGAGCUGCCUUCCGGCCUGUCCUCCGCCGGACCCUCCUCUCCCAAUUCCAACUACGCCGGCUCGGAGCAGAAGAACAACUCUGAGAGUAGCAAUUGGAGUAAAAAUGUGCCGAGCAAGCUCCCUCAGUGGGACGGCGAGGCGGCGACCUUGUGCGCGUUCGAGGGCCUGCGCCCCUACGGGCUCGCCGACAAGCUCACAGGUUCUUCUAUUAGCGGCGACGUGACGCCGGUGUCGGCGACCUCGGAGCUGGAGUUCAACAGCAACGAGGCCACCGCCGGCUCCAUCACUGAUCACGAUAUUAUGAGUGCUGAAGGUGAGGAUGACGAAGAAACCCUAUCAGUGGAUGCUUGCAGUUCGCCAGUCAGGAUAAUACGGAACGACCUCAGUCCGGCGCCGAGCUGCAAGAGCACCCUGCGGCCUGGCACCAGCCUCACCAGCAACGUCUCCCUCGAACUGUACGGCCUCACCCCGCAACAAACGAAAGAAGCGUUCUACAAAGACAUCCCGUCCAGCAGCAAAAACUUCAAAAAGGACGACAACAAGAAAUGCAACAAAGAUCGCAUCCAAUGCUUCGCGGAGCUCGACUCGCUGAACUUACAGAGCAACCUGAAGUGCAAACUGAACAACGAGUCGACGAACGCCAGCCGGCGGUACAGCGACAGCAGCGCGCAGAAGAGCAGCGCGGCGCAAACGGUCGCCGGAAGUAGGUUCACCACCACCCUCGUGUCGGAGGACUGCCUCCGAGCUAGCGCUUCCGGUGAGAGCAAAUCCAAUAAUAACAUUGCCGACACGGUGUUACACGAACCUUCCAUACUCAAACCUUUAGUGACUAAAGCUAAGAACACUAACGUUAAACCGGGCUUUAAUAUAACGGAUAAUAAUUGACGUAUGCGUUUUUCGUAGAUGACAAUUUUAGAUAAUUAUGUAAUAUGGUGUAUACUAAUUAAUCACUUGUAUUUUGUGAGUUUAAUAUUUGCUUGAUAAUACUGACAAUGUUGACACAAUUAUUUAAUGAUUUUUUUUUUUAUAUAGAGGAGCUAUCAUUGUUAAUAGAGCUAUGACAUUUUCAGAUUGUGAACAGCUUCCUGAAUCAAAGGAUCCAUUAGUAGAUAAAGUGCAGGCUACAUAGUAUAUUGUUAUUAACUUAUCACACCAUUAUACUAUUUUGCAUUUAUCACAAAGUGAAUAUUUGCAAGGAUGUAAUUUUAAGUGAUUUAUAGAAAUAUACAAUGCUUUUGAAAAA